AUGAAGUGGCGUCCGGCGAACGUACUGCUGCUCUCUGGCUGCUUCCUAGCGGCCGCAUUACAACUCGCACAGGCUCGCGUUGCCUUCGAGAAGCUGACCGACUACGACUUCCAGGGUACGACGUACUACAGCGUCAAGAACCUGUCGUUGUACGAGUGCCAGGGUUGGUGUCGUGAGGAACCAGACUGUCAAGCUGCAGCGUUCAGCUUCGUCGUGAACCCACUAACUCCCGCCCAGGAAACGCUCUGCCAGCUACAGAACGUAACAGCGGCCAACAACCCGGCCAGUACGCCUCAGCGUUCCUCCAGCAUGUACUACAUGGUGAAGUUGCAACUGCGCACGGAAAACGCCUGCCAGCGGCCGUGGAACUUCGAACGCGUCCCGAACAAGAUCAUCCGCGGACUGGACAACGCGCUCAUCUACACCAGCACGAAGGAAGCCUGUCUGUCGGCGUGUUUGAACGAGAAACGAUUCAUCUGCCGCUCGGUGGAGUACGACUACAACAACAUGAAGUGUGUCCUGAGCGACUCAGACCGACGCUCUGUUGGUCAGUUCGUGCAGCUAGUCGAUGCCCAAGGUGUUGACUACUUCGAGAACCUGUGCCUGAAACCAAGCCAGGCCUGUAAGUUCAACCGUCAGUUCCAACUGCCACGCAUCGGUGUCUCCGACGACAAGGUGUCCCAGUACGUCGGCUUGCAUUACUACACCGACAAGGAACUGCAGGUGACCUCUGACACGGCGUGUAAGCUAGCGUGCGAGAUCGAAAGCGAGUUCCUGUGCCGAUCGUUCCUGUAUCUCGGGCAACCUACUGGCUCUCAGUACAACUGCCGGCUGUACCAUCUCGAUCACAAGUCCCUACCGGAUGGACCCUCGACCUAUCUGAAUGGCGAACGACCACUGAUCGAUGUGGGUGAACCGAGCGGUGACUACUUCGAGAACAUCUGCGAGAAGCAAUCGAACCAGGCUGAAAACACGCUGCCCGUUGUGUUCGACGCCGUCGAGGAUCCGGCCAUCAACAAUCUGACCCGUAAUGAUGCCAACUGCGACAAGACAGGCACCUGCUACGACGUUUCCGUUCACUGCAAGGACACGCGUAUUGCCGUGCAGGUGCGCACGAACAAGCCAUUCAACGGACGUAUCUACGCGCUGGGCCGCUCGGAAACCUGCAACAUCGAUGUCAUCAACUCCGACACCUUCCGGUUGGAUCUGACCAUGGGCGGACAGGAUUGUAACACGCAGAGUGCGACCGGCAUCUACAGCAAUACCGUCGUGCUGCAGCACCACUCGGUCGUGAUGACGAAAGCGGACAAAAUCUACAAGGUGAAGUGCACGUACGACAUGAGCUCGAAGAACAUCUCCUUCGGCAUGCUGCCGAUCCGUGAUCCGGAGAUGAUCCACAUCAACUCGUCACCGGAAGCACCACCGCCAAGGAUUCGCAUCCUGGAUGCGCGCGCCCGUGAAGUCGAAACCGUACGCAUCGGCGAUCGGUUGACGUUCCGCAUCGAAAUUCCGGAAGACACUCCUUACGGUAUCUUCGCACGCUCGUGUGUCGCCAUGGCCAAGGACUCGAAGAGCACGUUCCAGAUCAUCGACGAUGAUGGUUGUCCGGUUGAUCCGAGCAUUUUCCCGGCGUUCACGCAGGACGGAAACGCUCUGCAAUCGAUCUACGAGGCGUUCCGCUUCACCGAGAGCUACGGUGUGAUCUUCCAGUGUAACGUGAAGUACUGCUUGGGUCCGUGUGAACCGGCUGUUUGUGAAUGGGGUCGCGAUUCCGUCGAGUCCUGGGGCAGAAAGCGUCGUUCCAUCACGGCCAGCAACGACACCGUCGAGGAGGAGGAAGACAUGAACAUCUCGCAGGAGAUCCUGGUGCUGGACUUCGGUGAUGAGAAGAACCGUGAUUUCCUGCGCAGUGAGGCCAGCACCGACUUCGGUCGAGAUAAAACGGUCACCAUCAUUGAACCGUGCCCGACGAAGACCUCCGUGCUGGCGCUGGCCGUCACCUGUGCCCUCAUGGUGCUCGUCUAUCUCUCGACGCUGUUCUGCUACUACAUGAAGAAGUGGAUGCAGCCCCACAAAGUCAUGGCAUAG